CAUUUCAGUAGCAUUUCUGCAUCUGUGUGUGUACGACGUUACGUCGUUCAUCUUCUCUUUGAAAGUUUUUUUUUCGUAUAAAUUUAUAUAAAUCGUAAUGUUUGUUAAAUAAAAAUCAUGACUGAUAAUUUUCCAUACGAUUUACAUAGUGCUUUUUUCGAAAAUAAAAAUUACAAAAGUUGUUUUGCUCGUUCCAUAGCGGAAGUGUCCAAAGAACUACCCGUAGUGCACAAAAAGGAAGAAGUUAGGUUAAGGAAGACAACGAGACAUAAUUCGGAAGAACCCCAACGAUACCCCCAAAAUAAUUCAAAUAUAUACAGUUCGAUACGAAAAUGUUCAUCUAGAAUAACCGAAGUUGAAAAUAUGAUGCAUCAAACUAAAUUAGAGACGCUACAAUGGCAAUUAAAAGAAACGCAAAAAAAUAGGGAUAUGUACAGGGCCGUAAUGAAACAAGUCGUAACGUACUUGGAGAAAGUACAUCACAGCUUAGAGUUAUUAGGCAGUAGGAUAAGUAGGAGGAAUUCGAUACAUCGAUCGAAAUUCGAACAACGGAAAGAACCGGAAGACGUGGAUGAAAUCCCGCCGGAAAAACUGGCUCAAGAAGCUUUCCGUUUACUGCGAACCGCGGAAUCGUUGUUGAAUACACAAGAGCCCGACCUGGUGCCCGAUAAAGACGCCGAAUUCAUGGAGCAGCUCGCCAGGGAGUUUCCCCCGCAGGAAAUCAAACGCGCUACGUCGUUUUCGUUGUCUCCGAAGUUGAUUGUGCCCGAAAUUAGUACGACUUUCGACAGGAAAUUGUCUUUGCAAUUGGAUGAUGUUCGAAGGUGUGUCAAAAGCGAUUCGGGGAUCGAUAAUAAUGGGAAAAUCGAGUCGAUUUCGCCGGCGAACGGGAGUAUUAGCUCGGUGGAGGACGAAAGCGGAUUUUCAUCGAUGAAUUCGUUUCAGGAAGUGGGGCUGCCGGUGCUGAGUAGCACCGCGUCGGACGAGGUAUCGACGAAAAACGCCCUCUUGCGUAGCAUGCUCCGCACCAGCUCCCCGACAUUUUCGACGAACCCGCAGGAAUCUGUUAUAACGGAAACCGUCGUAAAUUCCGAUAAACAACAACCGGCGACGUCGAACGAUAUAAAAUUAUGGCGAAAACCGGCGCAACACAAAAGAUGGAAUUCGACGCCCGCCAAAGAGACUGAAAAUAACCGAAAUUUCAAAGUUCUGUGGGUUUGAAUCGAUUUUUUUUUUGUUUUUUUCGGUUCUCGAACAAUUUUUUUUGUGAUAAAAUCCGCGGGGUGUCGGAAUCGAAGUUUUGAAUUAUGGAAAAUGACGACAAUAUUUUUCAUCAACUUAAAACGUGCGUUUAACGUGAAUAUAUUGACGUAUCACCCUGUAUAAUAUCAGAGAAGAAAAUUCUGAUCGAAACGUGCGUUUAUUUUAACGAUAUUGACGUAUCACUCUGUAUAAUAUACUAGAAGAAAUUCAUUUUUGGUAAAUUUAUUUUUUGUACUUUGUACAUUUAUUUUUUGUUUUUGGAUUUUUACUGACUUUUUAAGUCUGAAAGUUACAUCGUGUUUUCUAUUUUCGAAACUCUCGGUCGACACUGUAUUAUAAAUAAUUAUAAUUUUUUUAUACUUAUAUAUAUUUAUAUAUCGUAAUAUGUAAUUAUUUCAACUUUAAAUUCAAUAAAUUAUU